AGCAGCGGACGGUCCACACGCGCUUCCCGUGUUUCGCAUCAUCAAACCGCAAUCCAGCGGCUGUGAUUCCCACAUCACGCCAUCAGCCCCCGCUCGCCCUCCCGGACCCCCGCCUGGCGUUAGGAUUAGGGUUUCCUCGCCGUCCGCCGCCCUCGCCCUCCGGCCGCCGUGACCCCUUCCCCCUCUCCCACCGAUUGCGAGGAUGUCGGUCGCCAGCCCGCCGGAUACCCAGAUGUACGGCCACGAUGGAGCGUCCGGCGACGGCAGCGCCGGCGCCGGCGGCAUCGAAGGCGGGUCCGGGAUCGAGAUGAUGGAAGUGGCCGCCACCACCGCGGCGCCAGCGCUGGAUCAGGACCAUCUCGCGGACGCCGUCGACGCUGCCAUGCCGCUCAUGAGCGCCACAUCUAACCAGCUCACGCUCUUGUUCCAGGGCGAGGUAUACGUCUUCGACUCCGUGACACCCGAAAAGGUGCAAGCUGUGUUAUUACUGUUAGGAGGGUGUGAAGUACCAACUGGUAUAGCUGGCAUGGCAUUACCCUGUCACCAGGAUGACAGGGGUUAUGAUGAUAUACUACGAAGAACAAAUAUUCCUGCAAAAAGGAUUGCUUCGCUGAUUAGGUUCCGGGAAAAGCGCAAAGAAAGAAAUUUUGAUAAGAAAAUCCGGUAUAAUGUCCGCAAGGAGGUUGCUCUCAGAAUGCAGCGUCGGAAAGGGCAAUUUGCUGGGAAGGCAAAUCCCCAGGAGGGGGCAUCUGCUUCGUCAAGUGUUGAUCGUGGUCGGAACUCAACCCAAGAUGAGCCUCCUCGAGAAUCAAAGUGUCAGAAUUGUGGCAUUAGUGAAAAGAUGACACCGGCAAUGCGUCGUGGACCGGCUGGUCCUAGAUCACUUUGCAAUGCUUGUGGACUAAUGUGGGCAAACAAGGGUACUUUGAGGAGCCCUGCUAAGGUGAAAAUGAGUAUUCAGAGCCCUGCCAAUCCAAAUGAACAUGGUGAAGCCAUGGAUUCAGAAUUCGGGAGUGACAACAAAGCACUUGUUCCUACAUCAAACAAUCAUGACUCAGUUGUAACCACUGCUGAUAUAGUGACGGAGGGUAUACCGGCAGGUCUGAGGCAAGAGAUGGAGGAAGACCUUAAGGCCGAACAGUAAGAAGUAUAAAAAUGUAUUAUUCAAAUAAUAGAAACUUUGGGCUUUUCGCGGUUAAAUUUUUGUAGGAACUGCUUGACCAAAUGAAUGACGAUAUAGGAAAGUGCAGCACCUCGUGUGACAGCAUGCAGAUAUCGCUGCAUGUUUUAUGUACAUUGUGUCACCUGUCUUUUCUGUACUGAUUGUUGCAUGACGGGCAUUAUCUGCACCUUUUGUAUUUUUUUCCCAUCUUUCAGAACUGUGAGAACCUAAUGUUUAUGGAACUGACCUUAAGCCAUAAGUAACCUUGAAGCUCAGAAUCUCAGUGGGUGUCCGAUAUUAAAUUGAUGAAAUUCUUCUUCUUCUUC